AUGAACAAUAUACCUGGCGCAGUGUAUAAGAACGUCCAAUUCGGAAAACCACUGGAGCAGCUGCGUCUACUCCAAAUACUGUCAGUGGAGCCGACUAUAGAAUGCGGGCUGACACUCUCCUCCCUACGCCACGACACGCCGUUCACAGCACUGUCUUAUACUUGGGUAAAUGCACUGCAUCCAGAUCAGCCAGCCACUAGCGGUUCAACGCAAGAAGGCACGUUCACGAUCAAGGUCAAUGGAAAGCGUUGCCGCAUCCUUGAGAACCUCUAUGAUGCACUGAAAGCAUUCGGCACAGAUCCUGGUCAGUAUCUAUGGGUUGACGCCAUUUGUAUCAACCAGCAAGACGUGCGUGAGAAGACAUUCCAAGUCCAGCUGAUGAGUACAAUAUACACGGACGCAGCCCAAGUAAUUGUGUGGCUUGGCAAAAGCGACACAUACACUCAAGAUGCUGUGGAACUGAUCGAGCAUUUGGGAUUGCUGGAGUCAUCCGAGCGCAGGAGAAUUCAUUUUGCAAGUCUGGAGACUAGAGAAAUUAUAGAUCUCUUGGAUGACGAGUUCCACCGCACAAAAUACUGGGUGGCUCUGGCGAAAUUCUUUCGACGCACGUGGUUUACGAGAGCGUGGGUCGUGCAAGAAGUGAUCCUCGCUAAGCCGGAGAGCUUGGUUGUACGUUGUGGCGAUCAUACGAUUGCCUGGCGAUCGUUGAGGCACGUGUCUGGUUGGCUCAGCCAGAGCGCCUGGACGACGACGUUCGCCGAUCCUACUUUUGUAGGCGACUCUCUUCUACCGCCACGCCUCAGUGCUGCUGCUAAAAUCGGUAGUACCCUGGAUGAUAUCGAUAAUAUGAGCAAGAAGUCCUUCAAAGGAGAGCCGCAUGACGUGUUCCUGGAUACCCUUAUCAGGGUGCGCGACUUCGAUAGCGAGAGGCGCCGAGAUAAGGCGUACUGCUGCUACGGUAUCGGAGAACGCUAUCGACUUAGGAGUUUCCCACUUCCGGUUCCGGACUACAGCGAUAGCAUAACGGACGCCCAAGCCUUCACGCAGACUGCGCGGGCUGUGUUGCAGAUGUCGCAGAGCCUACACCUGCUUGCGUAUGCCGAGAGCGAGAGAACAGUCGACCUCGAUGGUAGGACCACAAUGCCAUCUUGGGCACCAGAUUGGUCUGUGCCCAAAAAGGUCGGCCUUGGUAUUACCGGUUACAAGCGGUUCUACGCUGCCGGAAACCUGAUGCAAAUUGUUGAGUUCACAGGUCCGGACAACAUAAUUCUGCGCCUCAGGGCAGCCAAAGUCGAUGAAGUCGCGGCACUCGGCAACACCAAGGAGGAGAUGGCUCGUGGGGACAAUCUUGAUGCAACUUACGCACUUCUACAUCGACUCCAAGACCAUGGCGGAAUCGGGCACGAUACGCAAAGCCGCGAGGAAGUGCUGUGGAGGACCUUGAUACACGAUACAUGCCCAGGCAGUACCUGUCCCGCAAGCGAGAAAGUACGACAUGGCUUGCGCCCUUGGCUAUCAGCUAGGCCUGGCCGCGGCGGCCAAGCUAUCAUGGAUCUGCUUGACCAGCUGGCGCCUACUCGAGACGGCGCAAGUACUCAGGAUGUCCCGGAAGACCCGACACGACUUGACGAGCACGCAGCGGAAAUCUCCGCUUUCGCCACAAAUUAUGCCCUUCGAACGUGCCUGAAGCUUUUCCAGACUUCGACAGGCCUGUUGGGAAUGGGCGCCGAAGCAAUUGAGCCUGGUGAUUCCGUCUGGAUUAUUCCUGGCUCCAGAGUGCCGCUGAUAUUGCGAAAGCCAUUGGAUCCGUCCUAUCAGGGUCCGGAUGACUUCAGACUCGUGGGUGCUGCAUACAUUCAUGGUUUGAUGCAUGGCCAGGCACUCGACUCGCAGCCGCCACCUAACUGCAGUAGGACCAUCAACAUUCAUUGA